AUGGCGUCGAUUCGGCAUUCAGCUUCGGCCGCUUCGACUGUGUGCAAGCAGACCGCCAACGCCUGCGUGGCUCGGCCCGUGGCUUCCGUACAGACAUACAACCGGGCUGCUUCAUUAUCUUCUCCGGCACGAUUCGCAGCUUCUUCUUCCCUCCAGUCAUCACAGCGCCUGACCUCCAUCUCCUCUUCUCCCGUCACCCACCAAACCCGCACGUUCCUGACGCAACUCCGCCGUCAAGCGCAGGCCUUGAAAGAGCAAAUUCCCUCAACCCCGACUAUCCCUAAAGCCUCCAAGCCCGCUCCUUCUCUCAAGCUCACCAACCUCCCAUACUUUGUUCGCCGCACUGGAUCCAACCAGCUGCCUGUCUACGUUGUCACAAAAGCUGGUGGUACCAAGCAACUCACCAAGAUCCAGAAAACCGAGGGUGACCUGGACACCUUGCGCACCGACCUGGCACAAAGCCUAGGCGUGGACAUCCGUAGCCCUGAUGUUUCUAUCAACCGUCUCACUGGCCACAUCAUCGUCAAGGGCUGGCGCAAACCCGAGAUCGUGAAGUUCCUCAGCGAGCGUAACUUCUAA